GGGAAAAAACAAUUCAAUUUAGUUUAAGCAAAUAAAAAAGUUAAACAGGAGAGAGAAAACAGAAGGCAAGUUACCUUCAAUUCCAAAGGUUUUCACUUUCAGGGCCAAAGCUUCAACCUUUGAUUUGCAGAGAGAAUCCAAGAGACGACAUAAAACAGCUAAUAGAAAGAUUGUUAGAUAGGUAGAGAGAUUGGGAUUUCCCCAUAAUUUAAUUAUAUUUUUUUCCUCGUUAAUUCAAUCCGUAUGUUCUUCCGACAAUCUCAGCUCCGCUGUAGCCAUGGAGUCGUGAGCAGAUCGGGAUCGAUGGUUUUGCUAGUUUGAUUUUCUGGGUUUCGAUUGUUUUCCGUGUCUGCGAACUGGGUUUCGACAAGUUCUUGAAUCGGAAUCUGGAGAUCUUGGGCUUGAAGGCGGAAGGGCUGUGGGUGUUGGGUUUGAUGUUCUUGCUUUUCUGGGUGAUGACUUGAGUAGAAUAUUUUUCGAAUCCGCAGUCUGAAUCCAUUUCCCAUUGGAUUUGGAUCGAUUGAUUCGGAGUUCGAGACUCGCGAAUUUGGCCCUCGAAGGUUUGGGUUCGUGGACGAGAAGAGGGGAAUUUGUUUAAUCGUCUUUUGUUGAAUCAGACUCGCGAAUCUCUUUUCACUCGAUCGAUUCUCUCUGACAUUCUGUGUUGUUUCUCCAUCGCGGGAUCUGGAUUGAAUCCUGGCGUGGAAUCGAUCUGCUUCUAACAUCAUAAGCUGUAAGGUGAAGACAUGUUGGAAGAUCGGUCAGUAGACUCUUGUCUUCUGUCAAGGGUUUUCUCCAGCUCCUGUCUCUCCGAAUCCAAGUGGUCUUUCAUGUAUCCGGGAGGGGAUUCUGAUAGUAAGCUCGUUAAUGGAAAACGGCCAUUGGAGGUUGUUGAAGAUAGCUUGACCAGAAACAAGUCCCUUAGGCUAACAGGUUAUUCCAUUGCCGAAGAGAAAGAGAAGUAUGAUUCUGACAAAAACCAGUCCGAGGCUGUCGGAGAGGAGCAAAUAGAUGAUGCAAGUGUUGGAGAUUCAUCUGAAACUUCCACGGGGCAAGGGGAAGAACAGCUCGAUUCCAACAGUGAUGGCAGCGAUUCAUCUGACUCGCAUUCACUUAUCCAGGGGAUUGGUCGGGACAACUCGAUAAACUGUCUGAUCCAUUGCUCGAGAUCCGAUUAUGGAUCCAUUGCAUCAUUGAACCGGACCUUCCGUUCUUUGGUGAGGAGUGGUGAGAUCUACAGGCUGAGGAGGCAGAGUGGAUUUGUUGAACAUUGGGUGUACUUCUCUUGCCAGCUCCUGGAAUGGGUGGCCUUCGACCCGGUUUCGAGAAAAUGGAUGCAGUUGCCAACCAUGCCCUCCAGUGUCAUCUUCAUGUGUUCGGACAAGGAGUCUUUAGCUGUUGGCACCGAUCUGCUCGUGUUUGGAAAAGACGAUUCUUCUCACGUGAUCUACAGGUACAGCCUUCUGACCAAUUCUUGGUCUUCCGGGAUGAGAAUGAACUCCCCGAGGUGUUUGUUUGGGUCGGCAAGUCUCGGAGAGAUCGCAAUCUUUGCCGGUGGCUGUGAUUCUUACGGGAAGAUUCUCGAUUCAGCCGAGAUGUACAACUCUGAGCACCAAACUUGGACAACCCUUCCAAGGAUGAACAAGCCGAGGAAGAUGUGUUCGGGGGUUUUCAUGGAUGGAAAGUUCUACGUCAUCGGGGGAAUCGGAGGCAGCGACUCUAAGCCCCUCACCUGCGGGGAGGAAUACGACAUGGAGACCAAGAAAUGGACGGAGAUUCCCGACAUGUCCCCGCCAAGAAGCAAUGCGGCCCGAGAGAGCGAGAUGCCGCCAGCAGCAGAGGCUCCGCCCCUCGUGGCGGUGGUUAACAACGAGCUGUAUGCUGCAGACCAUGCCGAUAUGGAGGUGAGGAAGUAUGACAAGGAGAGAAGGAAGUGGUUCACGGUGGGGAGAUUGCCUGAACGAGCUGACUCGGUGAACGGAUGGGGAAUGGCCUUUAGGGCGUGCGGGGAGCGUCUUAUAGUGAUCGGAGGGCCGAAGAAUUCGGGUGGAGGGUUCAUAGAGCUGAAUUCGUGGAUACCGAGCAAUGGACCGCCACACUGGACGUUGCUCGAUAGGAAACACUCUGCUAAUUUCGUUUACAAUUGCGCGGUUAUGGGAUGCUGAAACGAAGAGAAGGAAAAAUAAGCAUCAAGAAGAUUUGCAACAACACAUUGGGAUUUUUUUUUUGUGGCUUACAAAAAUUUUAGAGACCAGACAGGUUCAGAGAUCUUGUUCUUGUUCUUGUUCUUCCUCUUUGUCCUUAUUUAUUUGCUUAUAAAGUUCUCUUCCAUUGAAUUGAUUUACCUCUUGGUGUUCAA